CCCUCGCAAGUCAUAGUGAUGUGAAACCAAAUGUUUUAUCGCUUUGACCUCAAGGAAACGUAAAAAACCUUUCCCGGUCAUUUAUAGCUGUCUGUUGGCUGGCAAACAUCUCUGAGUUUACUCUAGCUGCUCGAGUUUUUACAGGUUGCAGCAAGACUGAGACAUCAACAGGUGAAUCAAUGGCCUCCAAAGGUUGGCAGCAUCCUUACGUCAACAUCUUCAAACAUGUCCGACUCGAGGACUGGAAAAGGUCGGCAAAAGAGGGGGAUGUGUCAACAUAUACGAACAAGAUGCUCAAGUGUUCAGUGUUCCAGAUCAGAGGUCCUGUUCCUGCCAACAGCUACAUCCUGGUACCCAAAAACAGCAACCAGUCUCUGGGGCUGACAGGGCGCUACUUCUACCUUCUCUUCAGGCCCACCCCUGGCAAAUACUUUGUGGUCCAUCUGGAUGUCUCUGCUGAGGAGGGCCAGAUAGUCCGUAUCUCCUUUUCCAACAUGUUCAAAGAGUUCAAGUCCACAUCUACUUGGCUUCAGUUUCCUUUCCUGUGUGGAGCUGCAAAGGAUUCAGUCUAUGAAAGCACGUCCAAGUCUGCAAGGCAUGGUUUGGUGGGCCCAGCUCCCACUUCUGUGCGUUGGACCUGUCUGAUGUUGGAUCUGCAGUGCACACUUUCUGUCUACCUGAACCGCUGCUACAGUCACCUGAAGAGUGUCAAGCUUUGUGCCAACAUGGCAGUGAAAAACAUGUUUACCAGUGACCUGCUGCUAGAUCCAGGAGUUUCCUUCAGUGAAGCCAAACUGAAGGGUCUGGCCUCCUCUCAGGGAACAGGUCCUAUGCCGAGAGACAUGUCAUUUCCUGUGCCUAAAGGUGGCUCCUGGCAUGACCUCUAUGAUUACAUCAGGUUUCCCUCAGAGGGAACAAAAUUACCCUUUGACUCCAUUCAAAAAGGCAGUCCCAAGCCUGAAGCUAGAUGUGUCUCCAACCAAAGAAGCCCUGUUAGAGAGGCACCUUGCCGUAUCAACCUCAGCAAACCAGUUCAGGACCGUGUGUCCCUCAUUCAGCAGAUCACCACUCCAAAAUCUUUCCCAAGGAAUCGAAGCCCCUUGGUGACCAAUAUACCUGAGCUGGGUGUAGUUUCAAUUCACCAGAAGGGAGACUGGCUUCCCCACAAUGAUGACCAACAUCUGCAGGAGUCAGCAUGCUCUGCUUCACACCAGCUCACAUUCAGGCCACCUUGUGGCACUGAUGACAGGGGAGUUUACGUGUACGUGCAACACGAGGAUAGCUUUUGCAAACUUGGGGAGGAAAGUGAAGACGAGGUUGCUUGCACUCCUGUUCCUCAUCCUGUCCAUCUAUUAUCAUCCAAAGAGACCAGACGGCGGAAGCUGCUUCCAGACCCCAUUCUCAGGCUCAAUCGAAUCAUCGGCUUUGGAGGAGCCACUACUAAAUGUGCCCUGUGGACCAAUUCAGGUGAUGCGGUGGUAUAUCCGUGUCACGCAAUUAUCGUCUCUUUGAAGAUAUCCUCUAACCAGCAGAGAUUCUUCAUCGGCCACACUGAUAAGGUAUCUGCACUGGCUUUUAAUGGCAGCACAACACUGCUGGCCUCAGCACAAACUGGAAACCACAGUGUAGUGCGAGUAUGGAACUACCACAAAGGAAACUGCCUGGCCAUGUUUAGGAUUCAUGCUCAUUCACUAUCCUCUCUCAGCUUCUCAUAUAGCGGUGGUAUUCUCUGUGGAGUGGGUAAAGACAGCCACAGUAAAACAAUGGUGGUGGUGUGGAAUACUCUGAAUGUUAACGAAGGUGGAGAGGUGACCGUCUUAGCCAAAGCACACACAGAUGUGGACAUCCACACCAUGAAGGUUGCCUUCUUUGACGAUACAAGAAUGGUGUCAUGCGGCCGGGAUAAUGUUCGCCUUUGGCGAGUUCGGAAUGGUGCGCUGCGCUCCUGUCCAGUCAACCUGGGUGAAUACCACUCCAUGGACUUCACCGAUGUUGCCUUUGAGGAGGGGAACUCGUGUCUUGAUGAUCAAACACUAUUUGCCAGCAGUCGGAGUGGCUAUAUCUUUGAGAUCGACUACAGCAGAGUUGUUAUCAGAAAUGUCAGGAGGCUGUUGCCUGCACAGCAGCAGCAUGCAAACCGCAGGGAGAAAUGGACUUUUAACACAGGUCCAGGCAUUGCUAUCAACAGCAUCAGUGUGUGCUCAUCAUUCUGUGCCACAGGCUCUGAAGAUGGCUUCCUGCGGCUCUGGCCCCUUGAUUUUUCUGCUGUCUUCCUGGAGGCUGAGCAUGAGGGACCUGUGAGCCUGGUGUCAGUCUCAUCAGACAGCCUUCAGGUCCUGGCAGGCACCUCUACUGGUAACCUGGGUUUCCUUAAUGUGAGCAGCCGUGGUUACAACACACUGAUGAGGUCACAUACAGACACUGUGCUCGGCUUCAGCGUGGAUGGCCUCCGUCGGCAUCUCACGACAGCCUCCUCUGAUGGCACAGUGCGCAUUUGGAAUAUGGAUUCUUUGCAUCAGUUGUAUGAUUUUGUGUCAGAGGACAGCCCCUGCUCUGUGGCCUUCCAUCCCAGUGAGCAGGUCUUCUCUUGUGGCUUCAGCUCUGGCAUCGUCAGGGUCUUUGACAUCUCCAGUGCCAAGAUACUGGCUGAACACAAGCAGCACAGAGGUGAAAUGGUGGGUCUUGCCUUCUCUCCGGAUGGGGAAUUCAUGUACAGUGCUGACUCUGAGGGCUCUCUGGCACUUUACAACGCCUCUGAGGAAGACCACAAUGUGAUCAGAGUUGUGUGUAACGUGGUGGCCCGAGGCACUGAGCGCGCUCCAGACGCCCUCACAGUGAGCAGUGACAGCCGCUGUCUGGCUUUUGUCGGUCCCUCGGAGUUCCUUGUCACCAUCGCAGACUCACGGUCUCUGGAUGAGUUGCUGCAUGUAGAUGUGAGUAUUUUGGACAUGGAUAGCCCCCGUCUUGAUUCUGCACUGAAGGUCUGCUUCUCUCCGGCCUCCACCGAACACUUGUUGGUCGCCACAUCCGCUAACAAGAUCCUCUGGGUCAGCACCAAGACUGGCCGUCUGCUCCGAGAGUUGUCUAAGGUGCACAAACAUCAGUGCUCGUCCCUGGCUGUGAGUGAGGACAGUCGAUUCCUGCUGACAGCAGGACACAAUGCAGUCAAAGUGUGGGAUUAUAGCAUGCAGCUCGAUAUUAACUCACAGAUGUUCAUAGGCCACAGUCAGCCUAUCCGCCAGGUGAGCUUCACUCCUGAUCAACUGGGCGUAGUCUCAGUGGGAGACGCCAUAUUCCUUUGGGAUUUCUUGGCACAUCCUGUUGACUCUUUGACUGACAGCCGUUCACCUCUCAGAUCAAGCUACAUCUCAGCUCCUAAAUUGGCUCAACCAGAUGCUAAAAUGAGUGGACCUCAGUUGUCCAAUGGGAUGCCUCGACGGGCAGUGCCCCUCCCCUUCUCAUCGCCACCACAACUGGAAGUCAGUGCCCUUGACCAAGUUGACCUGGAGGCCACUGGUUCAAGUCCUACCUCUGACUCCAGACCUGACGCCUCCUUCCUCAAAAUCACAAAGCUGGACAGCACAUCUCCACCGAAUACCACUCAAAUGGACACUGUUGAGCUGAAGGGUAAGAAGCCAGUACAUCCUGAUUGCUACAGGCACUUUAUCCCACGAUUCAAGACCUCCACUCUUGAUCAGUCUGCUAAGGCUCCCCAACCAGGAGAAGAGUGCAUUAAACUGAAAGCAGUGAUUGGCUAUAAUGGCAAUGGGCGUGGCAACAUGGUAUGGAGCCCUGACCAAGGUUUGUUUGCGUACUCAUGUGGCUGUGUGGUGGUGGUGGAAUAUCUUCAUACGGGAAGUCAGAGACAUUUGCAGGGCCACAGCGAGGAGAUCUCUUGUCUUGCAGUCACAAAUGAUGCACAGACUGUGGCAUCAGCAUCUGGUGGCAGUAAUGGUAACAGGAGCCUCAUCUGCAUUUGGGAUGUCCAGAAUGGGAUUUGUCGUAAUACCAUCUCCUACCACAGGGGAGCAGUGCAGAGUCUGGCUUUCUCCAGGGAUGAUCGAUUCUUUCUUUCUGCCGGAGACUUUUCUGACCCAGAGGUGGCUUUGUGGAGCAGUAAGACCUUCCAGCUGCUGUCCAGUGUAAGUAUACCAGGACCGAUCCAUGACACAGCCUUCAGCCCUUCAGCAGCCAGCCAACUGGCCUGUGUGGGAAGCCAAGGAGUUUACUUCUGCCUCAUCCACAUGCAUGGCUUGGACGUAGACCUCGAGGUUCAGAGGAUGAAAGCACCAGCAGAAGUGGGUGAUGUAGAGCUGACGGCUCUGUGCUACCACAUGGACUCCUUUCUGUUCACCGCCACCAAUCGAGGACAUGUUUGUGUUUGGGACGUUAACACACAGCGCUGCUUAAUGACGUGGGAAGCUGAUAAGGGCGAGAUUGGACUGCUGCUGUGUCGAGGGAAUCGUCUGUUGACAGGCAGCAGCACCCGUUGGUUGCGACUGUGGGAGGUAGAAGCUGUGCGGGAAGUGAAGCCUCAGGAAAAGAUCUGCAGUGUGGAAAACAGUGGGACCAUGGUGGUGUUGGAGCAGGAGAUAAUGCUGGAUGGGACGACGGUUAGUGCAGCAUUUGAUAGCACAAUGGACAUGGGCAUCGUUGGCACCACAGCGGGAACCCUCUGGUACAUCAACUGGUCAGACAACAGCAGCAUCCGACUGGUCAGCGGGCACAAAACCAAGGUAAACGACGUGGUGUUUAGCUCUGACGAGAGACAUUUUGCCACCUGCAGUGAGGACGGCAGUGUGAGGGUGUGGUCAUCCCCCAGCAAUGAACUGGUGGUGCAGUUCCAAGUGCUCAACCAGGCCUGUGGCUGUGUAUGCUGGAGCCACUCUUCCACUAAUGACAAUGCAUACGUGGCUGCAGGAUACAGCGAUGGGACCCUGAGGAUCUUCCAGCUCGCCUCCUCAGAGAUGGAGCUGAAGCUGCAUCCCCAUCACGUGGCUGUCACUGCCAUCCAGUAUUCUGCUAAUGGUCACGUGAUCCUUUCAGCUGGGAAGAAUGGUCUAGUAGCUGUCAGCAGCCCAGUGAAUGGAGCAACUAUCCGUUUCAUCAGGGACCACAAAGGAGCGUCAAUUACCACCAUCCAGUGUGUGAACGAACAGUGUAAGAAGUUUGGACUAGAAGGAAACGAGGUGUGGUUGGCUGCCAGUGCUGACAGACGCGUCAGUGUGUGGGCUGCCGAUUGGUCGAAGGACACGUGUGAUCUGCUAGACUGGCUGACAUUUCCUGCUCCGGCCUAUGUUGAGGAUGACAGCCCACCUCCAAGCCUGGCUGCCUUCUGCCCUGCAGACCCCAGCCUGGUGGUCUACACUGGCUUUGGAGUAGAGAGAGAGUUGUCCUUCUACAGCCUGGCUAAAAAACAGAUAAUAAAAAAGAUUGCCCUGCCCCACUGGGCCACAUGCUUUAGCCUCUCCUGUAAGAGUCACCUCAUAGCUGUGGGAUCGAAAGAGCGAGUGUUAAAGCUGAUCAAGUCGACCAGCGGCAGGUUCCAGGACUUCACGCAGCACAGUGACUCACUGCAGACGUGCCGCUUCUCUCCCUCUGGGAGGCUUCUUUUCACUGUAGCUUAUAAUGAGAUCCUGCUGUGGGAGGUGCAGGGCCUCUGAAGGCCUCACAUCUUUUUUUAACCUCAAACCUUGUAGGUUUAUCACCUUUCACGUGCCUAUUUAUAGUCUUACUUUAUGCAAUAUUGCUGUUCUAUAAAUGGGUUUUUAUCAAUCGAAUAUCUCAAGGGAAAUACUUGUAAUUUGUGCAGAAGCCUUGUGUAAGAUUUGCACUUAUUCAGUUUAUGUUUCAUGUGUAUAGUUUUAAAAUACAGCUAUUUUUAACUUGUUGAAGGGAUUAUUUUGCAUGUUCAGUCGCUUCUAAUGCUUGAAUAUUUAUUUUAGAUUUUCUUACUGUGAGUUAGAGACAGAAUUAUGUUUUGCAGGCUGCUCUGGGGUUGGGAUGGGCUUUAAAUAAAAAGCAGCAUGUAGAAUUACUCUCUGUAAUGUACAAUGAGUCCAGAAAUGUGAGCAUGGUGCAUGGGCACAUGCUGUUAACCUUUGUAUUUUUACUGUGUGUUUCCACCAGAAUGAUGGAGGACAGAUGCGAAAUUCAGAACAUUUUGCGUCAGUCUUCCCGAGUUUGCGUUUGUGUUAAAGUUAAUAUUCUGACAGCAGUUCCUCUUAAUAUUCUGACAGCAGAUACUGGGCCACUUUUCUGUCAGGGGUUUUCAUUAGUUUGCCACUUCAGUAUUCAGAAAUGUCGCAUGCACACACUAUCUCCAUCACUGCUCUGUUGAGAGAACAAUGACAUCUGGUGCAAUACUCUCAGCUGAUCAUAGUUCAGGCAGAACUUCUUUUUUCCCAUUUAAAUUAGGGCUGGACAGGACAAGUACAAUAUGCAGAUGCUGCAGUUUUUUUGGGAUAAAGGUAAAAUGUGUGAAGAAACAGCAUAAUAAUGAAGUACUGUAGUGCUGCAGAGAUUCCUACAAAUCUUGUUCUCCAGAUCUUAUAAAAUGAGUUGGUUUCCUACAGACUACAACAAAUGUUGCAUAAUGGUUUCAAGUUUUUUUUCUGUGAAAAUGCAAACUGAACAAAAUGAUCAUUACCACUAAUUGUCAAA